GGGGUGAAGACACCCUCCACAGCACCUUCCGGACAUGCCUGUCCUUGUAACGUAAACACUUCAAUGGGAGCCUUCCUUUUUAAAGAAAGCCUCAUGGUGUACCAUCUGUUUGCCUCACUCAAGGGAAGGAUGAAAGCUCUACAUAGGAACAUGAUGUGAUGGAUGAGACCUGUCAUUAUCAAGUAUUCCGUCACUCUGAACAGACACUGAAAAGAGCUCUCAUCUCCAAGAACCCAGCGCUUGUGUCACAGUAUGAGAAAUUAGAUGCUAGGGAACAGCAAUUAAUGAAGGAAGCCUUCCAGCCAACCAGUGAUCUUUAUGGACCUAUUAUUUUGCAAUCACAAUCAGACUGGAUAAUCUCACAUCCUGAGGCUCCUCAAGACUUUGAGCAGUUUUUCAGUAAUCCCUACAGAAAGAUACCCUCUCCAGAGAAGCACAGUAUUUAUUUACUGGCCAUUGGAUCUCUAGGAAACACCAGAGUUAUCAGUGAAGAAUAUACUAAAUGGCUCAAGGGCUACUGUGAAGCAUUUUUCUAUGGCAUGAGUGUAAAACUCCUAGAACCGAUUUCUGUUUCUGCCACACGGUGUUCUUUUAGAGUGAAUGAUCACACACGCAAUUUACAAAUUCAUGCAGGAGUGGGGAUAUUCAGCUUUGCUAGAUAUGGCAGCGAUUUCUAUAGCUCACAUUAUAAAGGCACAGUGAAGAAGCUCCAUAAAAAAUCUUCCAAUGACUAUGCCAUUUUUGAUAACUACUUUAUUCCUGAAAUCACUAGUGUUUUGCUGCUGCGAUCCUGUAAGACUUUAUCCCAUGAGAUUGGGCACAUAUUUGGACUGCGACACUGCCAGUGGCUCACAUGCCUGAUGCAGGGCUCCAACCACUUGGAGGAAGCUGACCGUCGUCCUCUAAACCUGUGUCCUAUCUGUCUACGCAAGUUGCAGUGUGCCAUUGGCUUCAAUAUUGCAGAAAGAUACAAAGCACAGGUGAGGUGGAUUGAUGAUGCUGACACACCCAGAGCAACUCCGAAACCUAGUUGUGAAGAUAAUGUGCAUUUACCGAAACCUGUAGAGGCCUUUCAGGAUUGGAAAGAGUGGAUAAUGAAAUGCCUUGCUGUUCUCCAAAAAUGAGUACCUUCAGAUAGGAGUAAAUAAAAUAAAUAUUUGCACAUUA